AUGGACGAAGAAACCACAUUUCCACCUCAACAACAAGGGAAAGCGCUGAUCUCAGAGCUACGGAGUGUAGUUAAUGACUACAGAAAUAGGAAAACCGUGGAGGCUCGCGAAAAAAUUAUAGCAGCGAUGGACAACACUUGUGCCUCUCUCUGCUUUGGUGAUGAGGGGUUCAUCCGCAACUUGAACCCUUGCAGUUUGGCGUCUGCUUUAGUUGCUGUCCUAACAAGUACUCUCGCAACUGAUUACCCGGAGGUCCAAUGCCUCGCGGUGCAGGCGCUGGCACUUGUGGCAGAUCUUGUGCCACGAGGUGGUUUUGCUGUUGUAGCUGCAAGGGGUGUACAACCACUCCUGCUCCUCCUAAAGGAGCUGGAUGCGUCAGAAAGCACGACACUGGAGGAGUUGUUGAGGUGUUUGACAAAUCUCGCUUUUGAGGCUCACGAGCAGUUAAUGCAACACCAGGCAUUUUCUGUUAUUGUUUCCAUUGAAAGGCGAUUGGAAACUCAUCGACUGCGUAUGAUGUGCCUCAAGUGUCUGUCACAUCUUCUCACAUUGACCUCACCGGAAGAAUGGAACAUAUAUCUGUCCAAACCGUGUAGCUCGUUGAUGGCAACAUUUCAUGAGGCGGUGACAAGACUUAUGAAAGAUGAUUGUGCAGGUGAUCGUCUGUCAAAAGACGACGAGGCUUAUCUGCUGCGACUCCUCGAGUGUGUUGCAUUAACGUUUGAUAGGGUGCUGUGUUCGGCGAAAAUGAUCGACAGGAACAGCAGGAUGGUAGAGCAGCUUGUUUCGUCUCUCGUAGUGGUUAUUAAUGGAGCUGCUUCCAUGGGUUCGCGCGGCACCGCCCUGCGUAAUGCUGCGUGUUCGCCCCUUCUUACCCUUCUGUUCACAGACCCGGCUGUUACAGUGAGGAUAUUUCUUAAAUGCCACGUGUUAGAUUCUAUAUACAGUAACAUUUCUGGGCUACUCGAAAAGAGGCCGAAACAGGCUUCUUACAAUGGCGCAGCCGUGAUCUCUGCUCUCAUGGAAGAGGAUCUGACGGCCGUGCCGAGCGUAGCUGAGGAACAAAAGGUCAUUCCCCUGCUAGAGUUUCUUCUAGUAGUUAUGCCACCCUCAUGCACUGCAAGUGAUUGCGAUUAUUACACCACCUUACCACACUAUAUUUGGCAGUGGGAAGAUGACUUUCAUAACUGGUGUGACUGCACCGAAGACUUAAGCAAACGACUAGAGGGGGAGUACAUAAAACAGCGGCGACUCUCAGGAUACACAGUUUUUGAAGUUUCUAAUGCAACAUCUACACUGAAGAUUAACUUUUCUACCAUGCGAUACAGAAGCAGCGAAAGCCUGCACUACCCUCACAACAUUAGCCGUCGUCCAUCUAUUGCCGGAUAUAUUUACCGGCGACCCAUACGAUGCCAGUGCGACGUUAAAGUUACACCGAACUCUUCAUUGCCCGUCGAGGUGGCGUUGGGCAGGUUGGUUUCUCUCGGGGCAGGCACCACGACGGUUCUCGACGGUGAACCCGCCGUGGUGUCGGCCGGGGUACCGACGGGAAAUGCGCAUAGCAACGAACAAUCUUAUUGUGAAAGUGCAUCAUAUAGUUUUGGCAACAUCGCUGCUCCCUCGUCUUCGAACCAACCUUCAAGGGGUCACGGGGCACAUAAUGGUGGUGUUGUGGAGGAGCGUGGGAGCCAUUGCUGUUGUGUCAGCGUUUUGAGGUCACUGUUUCGUAAGUUGAAGGGUUCAGGACGUUCAACCGCAGUUCCCGAGGCCGGAAAAUAUGGUGCAGGGUCAGCGCUUACAUCCUACGAAGUACUCGACGAUGUUAGAGUGGAGCUUCUGCGCUGUGCUGCAACUCGUUCCAAUUUCUUGCAGGAGCGGAUGAUCUACAGAAUAAUCCAACAGUAUCUUCCAAUUCUUAUGCGUGUUGUGGAUAGCACAGCCAAUCUUAUCAUCGUACGCCACUGUUCAGUACUGAUUUUGCGCUGCGUUGACUUGGUGAUAGGUUACUUUCGCUCAGGUGGGAGGGACCAGGGUCAACCUACCAGGACUCUCUGGGGCUUGUUUUGUGCCUUGGGCCCAAGUCUUGCGACGUCAUUGUCCUAUCUGACAACUUCCAGCACGACUCACGGAUCGCUGACGCUAUCGGCAGCACCCUUCAGGGAAUUCCGGUGCGGUAGUGCGUUUGUGCUCGCGUUGUCAGCUUUAGACGUGACAGUUGGAACCCGGUUACCAGCAAUGAAUCUUGCUUGUGAAACUCAGCUGACCUCAUUGAGUGCCCUGAUGAUGCUUUGCAGUCUCUGCCCCAUAGGCGUGAAGGCGCUGACGAAGCAGCAGUCGCUCGCGUUAUUGUGGAAACUGGAAAGGAUUACUGGUCCCGCUGAACGCAGUUCACAAGGUGGCGUCCACCUGUUGCUUGAAGGACAUAGAGUCCCGCCGUGUCCCUUUCACACGAAGGCACUGCAAAUUGAGGAACUGCGCAGAACGCUGGUUCAGCAGCUUUGUUCGUUACUGUGGACAAAUGCAAGGGCGGUAGAUCAAAUGUUGCCCUUCAAAAAAUGUUGUUUGGACAUAUCUGGAGACGAUCAACAGGAUAGUCAGCUUGGGGAUUCCGUCGCCAUGGGUUCACCUGAGGGGAGUGUGUCACCGAGUGCCAGUUGCACGAGCCUCACGUAUAUUUCUUCCAGUGGCGAUCUGGACGGUGACACACCGCGUUCUCGCAGCACUCAGGUGAUUAAACGAUUAACACGGAUCAAUGAGUACAUGAAAGAGCACAGUAAUGAUCUCCCCGUGUUCUUGUAUGAUCAGCCGGAGCUGCUGAAGGAUCUCGCUAGUGCUUUGCGCAGUGCUGAUGUAAGGGAGGUGAUUGGUUCAAAGAUGAAUGAGGUCUUUUCCCAACUGAUAAAGAGUUUGCUCCGCACCAUCUGCAAGUACACGGGAAUUGGCAGACUAGAGGAACCCCGCGCCGUAGAGCGUCAGUAUUCGCGGUUUCAACGCCGUACCCGACGCAACAGGACUAUGUUGAUGGUGGUUGACUACCUGUGGACGCCUCUUCGGGUGAAUCUUGUUAAUACCCCUGUUCAAGCAGGUAAGAAGAGGAGUUUGUCUAAAUUCUUUCGCUUGCAGAAAGACUCCACCAAUGCGGCUGAUGCGGGCUCACCAAAUGCUCAGGUGAGGGAAUCAGUGUUAAGCGUACUCCCAACGACUCCAUUGAGUUACAUUGCAAAGUAUAUUAUAAUGCGGUUAAAUGAAGCUUGCAACAACACGUGUGACCCCAAAUCAGAGGACGCGGAGCAGCAGCGGCAGCAAGAAUUAGCUGAGGAAAGUAAUUUCGGGGCGACGUUAGCCCACCAGGAGGCAGCCGACACUCCAGUUGGUGUCAAUGGCGGCGUUGGUGAAGAAACUGCACUGGGAGGCAACGUGAUAAACUUUUUAAACCGCAGAGAGUCUAGGUUGUCGGAUGCUUCGGAUGCCGACGACGAGGAAAGCGUGACUUCUGGUGAUGCAUCUGAGUUUUCGGAAGGCCGCGACGGGGAUUACUUAAGUGAACAUGUUCUCAGCACUGUGUCGGCAACCGUUUCUAUGGUGCCUCAAGCGCCCUCAAAUAUUUGCAGUGGGCCUUUAGGUGGACUGAGGGCCUCACAAGUUGAAGGUAGCACUUCCACCACAAUUACCAUCGACAAUGUUGUCUUCUUCUGCGGGGGCAAGCCCGUAACAGACUUAAGCAUAUCCGUUUUAGACCUUUGUGGGAGUUCCUAUUGUCAAGCUUCUGGUUGGUCCGAUCUCCACCAGAGUGAUUCCGACGAGAAUUGCGGUGAUAAUGCACCUGUACGACACACUAGUGGUGAACGACUUCACUACUUGAUGAAAAAUGUGCUUUCACUGUGGUCAUCUGUACAUACAAUUAACUAUUCCAUUGUAGGAAUGCGUGCCAAUGAAGAGCGACGCGGUACAGAUGGCGAAGAGGUGUUGGAUAUGAAUGAAAAUUCCCCGGUCGAAGUUUUUUCUCGUUUGUCGUACUCCCCCAGAGGAACCCCAUUUUUGUGGGCUGCGGCGGACCUUCUGAAUGAAAUGGGCCAGUUAGUGCGCGCUGCAGGUGGUGCUCUCUCCAUGGAUGAUCCACUGGUGUCGAGCGCUUUGUUCCAUGAAUUCUACAAUCACUUUGGUGUGUUGAUGUUGCCCGCACUCGCGUAUGGUAUUAUCCACGCCUACCUGGCGGAUCAGCAGGACCGUUAUCUCAUUAGCUCCGUCCUUUGGAAGUACCCACAAACUUUCAGCUACGAAAUUAGGCGGACACUGCUGCAUUUGCUACUUUCAGUCCGACGUAUACACACGCCAGCAAUAGUUAAGUUGAAAGAAUGGGCGUCAGGCUCAAGUCCCAUACCUCCUGUCCAGGGUUUAGAAUGGCUACGGCCCGAUUUGAACAUGCGUGGAACUUACAGGGUUCGAGUGCAGAGGUUUAACAUUUUUGAGAGCGGCGCACGUGUGCUUCGUCGUCAUGCAAUGUGUCCACUUACGCUAAGUGUGGAGUUUGAGAAUGAGCUUGGUGUUGGGGCGGGACCUGCAGUGGAGUUCUAUAAUUUAUUGGCGAGGAAAUUUCAAGACGUGCAACUUCACAUGUGGCGCACAGAGGAAUUCACCGAUGAAUCUGCUAAAACCGCGCGGCGCGUUCAACUCCCGCUGUUCCCUUCACUAUUUCAGGAUGACGAAUCGCUUUCCAAUUUUGAGCUCCUCGGGAUGUUAGUGGGACGGGUGCUAAUGGAGGAACGUGUGGUGGACCUUCCGCUGAGUGAGUGCUUUCUUCGUGGCAUUCUAGGAGACUUGGAUGACACUAACCGGCUGCCAUAUAUCGAUCCCCAACUCGAUAAGCAGCUGGAUUCAUUGCUUAAACUCACGGCCAAUGAACUAGAGGAAUGCGAACUAAUGUUCGUAAUUCAGCACGGGGACGCGGAGCACAACGGGGGUAUUGUAGAACUCUGCCCUAACGGGGCCACAACUCAGGUUUCUGCUAUGAAUGUCAAUGAGUAUGUUCAGGAGGUGCGGCGGUACUAUUCGAAGACGGCCCUCGCACGGCCCGUCUCGCAUUUCAUCCAGGGACUCCGGUAUACACUUAUUCCUUACCAUCUGCGACUCUUUGAUGCCAGAGAGCUCCAGCUUGUCAUAUCGGGACCCGAAGGGAAGAUAUGGGAAAGUGCAGGAGACCUUCUGACCGUCAUUACAACUAACCACGGUUAUGACAAAAACUCCCUGGUUGUGGCUUAUUUUGUGGAAGUGGUUAGCAGCUGGGAUGUUUCUCUACAGCGGUCCUUCCUGCGCUUUGUGACGGGCUCCACUCGCAUUCCCAUAGGAGGACUGCGACCCCCCAUAACAGUGGUACGUCGUUCGGUGGAGGUGGCUCCCGGAGAGGCCACAAACCAGUUGGAUACUACAAACAACUUUCUGAUGGACGAUCGAGCUGAGGUGUUACAAAACCUAAUGGACGCCUCACUUCCUACCGUGAACACAUGUGCGCACUACCUUAAACUUCCAAACUAUAGUUCAAAGAAAAUACUGGAGGAGAGGCUGAAAUUGGCCAUAACAGAGGGACAGGGUACAUUCUCGCUAACGUAG